AUGAAACAAAGACUCCCUCCACGCUUCAUCUCUCUCUGUCUUCUCUGCAAUUCCUUUUCUUCUUCAAACUCCAUUUCCGCACUUUUUACGAAAAGGACGAGAAGACGAGUAUUUCAACAAUAAAAUCACAUAAACGCAUUCACAAACGAAGCCUUACUCAAUGGCUUUGGUCACGGUAACAUCACCAUUAUCCAUAUCCAAAAUCCCCCCAAAUAUACCUGGAGAAUGGAAGAGAUUGGAUAUUGGAACAGCUUGCGUUGUUUUUGCAGUGCAUUGUCUAAGUCUUUUUGCGCCGUUUCAAUUCAAUUGGAGUGCGUUCUGGGUCGCUUUUGUGCUCUAUGUGAUCACGGGGCUUCUGGGUAUUACUCUUUCUUUUCAUAGAAAUCUUACACACAGGAGUUUCAAGCUCCCCAAAUGGCUGGAGUACUCGUUUGCAUAUUGUGGAGUUCAAGCACUUCAGGGGCCUCCAAUUGAUUGGGUGAGCGUUCAUAAGUCCCAUCACCAGUUUGGUGAUUCUGAGAGAGAUCCACAUAGCCCCAUUGAAGGCUUUUGGUAUAGUCACAUGGGUUGGCUCUUGUAUAGAACAUCUAUCAGUAAAACGUGUCGAGAGCAUAACAAUGUUGGGGACUUGAAGAAACAGCCAUUCUAUAGGUUUAUGCAAAGAACCCAUCAUUUACAUCCAAUUCCAUUAGGUGUUUUGCUUUAUGCAUUGGGAGGAUUUCCCUUCCUUGUGUGGGGAAUGGGAGUGAGAAUUGUUUGGUUGUGGCACAUAACUUGGAUGGUAAACUCUGUUUGUCACAUAUGGGGAAAGCAACCAUGGAAAACUCGCGAUUUGUCUCGAAACAAUUGGUUGGUGGUAGUGCUUUCAUUUGGAGAGGGUUGGCAUAAUAACCACCAUGCCUUUGAGUACUCUGCUCGACACGGCCUCGAAUGGUGGCAACUUGACUUGACUUGGAUUGUGGUUAGGCUUCUUCAAGCUGCAGGAUUGGCCACCGAAGUGAAGCUGCCAAAUGAAAUGCAAAAACAGAGGAUGGCCCUUCAACCAUUGAAGAACUGUUAAAAGUACCCUAGGUUUGUUGCUUAUAAAUUACGAAGCGCAUAUGGGUCUACUAUGUAUAAUGGGCUCUCAUGUUUGUAUUGGACAUGUCUUUAAGCCUAGAACUUAAAACCUUUAGUACCAUACUUACUUAUAGGCCUAGGCCCAGGCCCAUAAAUAGAUGAGAACAAAAUAAAGGAAACCGGUAAGUCAUCUCUAGAGACCGGCUCGGCCAGCCUCGGCACACCUGCGUGGUGGCCCGUUCCCUUGGUGGACCGGGCUGGCCCGUAUGUUAUAUAUUGCGGCCCACAAUAAGCCCCAGGACCCGGUUUGGUGGGCCUUCGUAUGUUGUAUUAAUAUAUAAUUAUAUUUA